GUGCUUGUCUAGACUUUCAUUCUCUGCUGCUCUUUCUGGCUUGCGGGCACGUUGAAGACACAAGAGAUCUCCGAGAAGGCUUCAAUUUCUUCGAACAGGAAGAGAAAAGCUCGGGUACGAUCUGAGGCGAUCCGUCGAGAACGGAUCGGCUGGUGUUGAUUAAGGCCCGUCGCCGUUCGAUCUCGUGGUUCCGUGAGGGAUCCGCAUGAGCAGGUCCAUCGACCUGAGUUUCUUCUCGUAUUCGAACCACUUCAAUACCUGUCUCCUGAUCUUUGUCCUCGAGUAUUCACCUCAACUCUUUGCUUUUUUGAUUAAUAAUUCGAGUUGUCGUUGGAACCGGAACUACAAAUCGGCUUGAUAUGGAGACUUGUAAUGAUUUUAGGAAAGACUCUUCCUAUAUCAAAAGAAGGCGUUCCCCAUCUGUCAUUGUUAUAGGUGCCGGCUUUGCUGGCAUUUCAGCUGCCCGUGCACUCCAUAACGCAUCUUUUAAGGUUGUCUUGUUAGAAUCACGUGGUAGGAUUGGUGGUCGAGCUUACACUGAUUACACAUUUGGUUUUCCAGUUGACAUGGGAGCUGCAUGGUUGCAUGGUGCUUGCCAAAAAAAUCCCCUGGCUCCAGUAAUUGGGAGAUUAGGACUUCCACUCUAUCGAACUAGUGGUGAUGACUCAAUUUUGUUUGAUCAUGAUUUGGAAAGCUAUGCACUCUAUGAUACGGAUGGGAAUCAAGUUCCACAAGAACUAGUUAAACAUGUUGGUGGGAUAUUCGAGAGCAUACUCAAAGAGACUGAGAAAUUGAGGCUGGAAAUUAGUGAUGAUAUUUCCAUGGCCAAAGCAAUUGCUAUAGUUUUUGAGACACGGCCGGACCUUAGGUUAGAAGGGCUUGGAGAUAAGGUCCUGAAAUGGUACUUAUGCAGGCUGGAAGGUUGGUUUGCUGCUGAUGCAGAUACCAUCUCCUUGAAAUCUUGGGAUGAGGAAGUUUUACUGCCUGGUGGUCAUGCCCUUAUGGUCCGGGGUUAUCGUCCUGUUAUCAAUACACUCGCAAGAGGUCUGGAUAUUCGGCUUGGUCAUCGAGUAUCCAAAAUAAUAAGGGAUAAAAUGGGAGUAGAAGUGAUAGUCGAUAAUGGUAAAUCAUUUGUCGCGGAUGCCGCUGUCAUUACGGUUCCCUUAGGUGUGCUGAAGUCCAAUUCCAUUAAGUUUGAGCCAAAGCUUCCAAAUUGGAAGGAGGAAGCCAUUAGAGACAUUGCCGUUGGCACAGAAAACAAAAUAGCAUUGCACUUUGAUAGAGUUUUCUGGCCUAAUGUGGAGUUUCUUGGAGUUGUCUCUUCUUCUUCUUACAGCUGCAGCUAUUUUCUUAAUCUACACAAGGCGACCGGUCACCCUGUACUUGUUUAUAUGCCUGCAGGCAAGUUAGCACAUGACCUUGAGAAGUUGACCGAUGAAGCUGCGGCUAGCUUUGCCUUCCAACAGCUUAAACAAAUCCUUCCUGAUGCAUCAAAGCCGAUCCAAUAUCUAGUGUCGCACUGGGGCACAGACGUGAACUCUCUGGGCUCCUACAGCUAUGACGCCAUGGGAAAGCCUCAUUAUCUUUUCGAGAGGCUUAGGAUCCCCGUGGACAAUCUAUUCUUCGCAGGCGAGGCCACCAGCCUAGCCUUUACCGGAACCGUGCAUGGAGCCUUCUCUACUGGAUUGAUGGCGGCAGAAGAAUGCCAGAUGCGUGUGCUUGAGAAAUACGGAGCCCUGGACCUCUUCCAUCCGGCCAUGGCGCAAGACCAAGAACUCCUCUCCCCUCCCCUUCUCAUCUCCCGAAUUUGAUCGCUUCUUAUCUCUACUAUCCUUGCUUCAGUGAUUCUCUGCAGCAUUCCAGCAUGCAUCAUGGAAGAUUUGCAUUACAUAUCACUCACUUCCUAUGUAUUUACAUAUCUGAUACCUAAAUUUCAAUAUUAUGUAUAUUCCAUCUUAUUCAUGCUUGAAAAAAAUAGUGGUGCUUU